GCGCCUGCGCAAUGCACGACCGGCGCCUGCGCAGUAAGUCGGGGCCCGUGCGUGGAGAUGGGCGCAGCGGCGGCCGAGGCCAACCGGACCCUGUUCGUGGGGAACCUGGACCCCCGGGUGACGGAGGAGCUGAUCUUCGAGCUCUUCCACCAGGCAGGUCCAGUAAUUAAAGUUAAAAUACCUAAGGAUAGAGAUGGUAAACCAAAGCAAUUUGCAUUUGUGAAUUUCAAACACGAAGAAUCUGUCCCUUAUGGAAUGAGUCUGCUUAAUGGGAUCAAACUUUUUGGAAGGCCCAUCAAAAUUCAGUUCCGAUCAGGGAGUAGUCAUGCAUCUCAAGAUGGCAAUUCAUCUUAUUCCCAGCAUGGAACCGCUAAUACAAGUCCUUCCAGCACACCACAUUCAACACCAAAUUCCAACAGCAGAUAUGAUAGGAGCACAGAUAACACUUUAGCAACAGGAUUCACAUCUGUGCAGAUGCUCCAGAGGUCUUUCUCAUCUCCUGAUAACCUUCAGAGACAAGUGAUGAAUAGUGGUACAUGGAAGCAGUCACAAUACAGUGGAAAGUAUGGUUCUCCGCAUUCAGAUCAGUCCACUUAUACCUCACCGGGGCAGCAGCAGAGUCAUUCAUUUAAUCAGUCUUCAGGCUCACAAAUGCAGCGUCGUCCAGAUGGAUCAUCAGCACAGCGCAAGAACAGGCUGAACUCCCAUCCUUAUCAUAUGGACAGCAGACAUUUUAACCGUGAGCAGCGUUUUGGAGACUACGGAUCUGAUCAUCAUUACAGUGGGAACAGAGAGGAGUACAGCUAUGAAGACAGGAGUCCUCAUGACCCUGGAUCUGAUCAUUACUCCAGAGGGAACAGGGAUGAGUACUGCUAUGAAGACAGGAGCCAUGAUGGCUGGAGUCAUGACUAUAACAGAAGAGAGAACUACAGAGAUGGCAAAUGGCGUCCAUCCCGGCAUUAGCCAGUAUUAAAAGUGGGCUCUUGAGAACUUUUAUGGGCUCUCUCCUUCAGGUCUCACAUUGAUUUUAAAACAGUGUAUAGAGUAACAUGGUAAGUUACCUUUUAAAAAAGUUUGUAAAGUCACGUCCAUUACCUUUUUUAAAAGAAAAAGCAGCUUCAUUUUUAUUGUAUUAACCUUUAACCUCAGGGUUUUAUGUAGAGAAAUGUGCCACAACUUUUUAAAAAAAAAUCAUUGUACUUUGAGGGAGGUGAAGUUGUACAGCUUGGUUGUAUUAUAAAGAAAAUUUGUAUUUUUUUAGUGUAAUUAAAAAAAUUAGUCUCUGCAACAGGUCUGGUGGUAAUCCCAUUAAACAAAUGCCUUGUGGUAUGAUACAUGUGAAAGUUUAAAUAUUGAAAACAGUGUUUUCAUACUGAAAUAAAUGUUGCUUUUGAAAAUGUAUUGAAGAAUAGUAUUUACUGUAAUUGCCCUGUAAAAUCUGUGGAUAAAACAAUUCCAGUGUUCUGAGUUCUUGCAUUUAAGGACUUCUCAAUUUGCUCUCCCCUGUUUCAAUCUUGGGCCUUUUGAUUUUAAUAUUUGUUUUAAAAUUAUGUGCAGUAGCCUAAAAUGUUUGAAGAAAUUAUGUUUAUGUAACUAAAACCACUCAGGAACUGAUUGCAUCCCUUGAAGUAUGUUGUCUGUAUUUUAGAAAAGAAUCUGAAUUUAGCCUGUACUUCUUGAUGUAAAGAAUUUUUGUUUAAUGCAUAGGAGAAACAGGGGUACCUAUUUUAUAAUUAUUUUUAGAUGUAUGCCCCUAAUUUUUAUGCAAUAUUAACUUUUAAAUCAGUUGCUGAAAACUUGGUCUGACUGAGUUACAGUAUACAGAAGUAAUAAGGGUUGAUUUUUUUCUUUCAGAUUAGUAACCAAGAGGCUGUUAGUGUGACAGAAUUUCACAUGUAUUGAAAUCUUGUUUAAAUAACUGAACUCUAUUCACGUGUCCAGAUCACCUUUUAAUAUAUGCAUUCCUAUGUUUCAGUAUAGUAAUAAACUUUUUUAUGAAAGCAUAUUCAGUGAAAAGUUUCAAAGGAUUGUUGAGAAGUAAACUCUACAGUAAGCUGUCUCUCUCCAGUUUGCAUCUUAGUGUCUCUCCUACAUAGCUAGUGAUUAUCAAACUUAUGGUUGAGUGAGAAUUGAGUGGUAAUUAGAAAUACAGAACCAACUACAGGA